AUGGAUAUCAACGAAAUCGAUACGGUUUUGAGCGGCACUCGCCAGCCGAACGUUGAAUUCACUUCAGAGGCGCGUGCAGGCAUUAUCACGGCGCGCACAGAGGGCCGCGGUCGUAGGGAUGUCGCACGCGCCUACGGCACGGAACGCGUCGAAACCAUUUCUGAGAUUUGCUCACAGGCCAAUACCAAUAAGAUCACGCGCAUUGCACAACAGAAGGGAACUCCUAGGUUUCUUUUGCAUGGGUAA